AGAGACGGCUUUUGCAACCCCACCAUCAAGAGGCCCAAACCAGAGCAAACCAGACCAAAGCAUAGACUACCAACGACCAGGUCAGGGUUUAACGAAACACGAUAUUUACGAUACCAUAACGAUACGAUCUCGACGAUAAUACAUUCUCCAACGCACACUAAUAUUACCCACUGCGCACCUGUCAACAACCAAGCCAGCGACUUCACAAAGCUGGGACAUGGUCGCUCGUUGUUGAGCUACCUUCGUCAAUAGCUUCUCUAUAUUUCUUUUGCGCCCAGCAUGAUGGAUGACUACGUGAGCGAGUCGGAUAGCGACUAUACAAGUUAUUGGCGAGACUGGUUCAUCUCAUCGAGGGGUAACGAGUACUUUUGCGAAAUCGACGAGGACUACCUUACGGAUAGGUUCAACUUGACAGGCCUUAACACUGAAGUCCAGUACUAUCAGUAUGCGCUGGAUCUCGUCACUGAUGUCUUUGAUCUCGAGUGCGACGAUGAGAUGCGCGAGGCCAUCGAGAAGUCUGCGAGGCACCUUUAUGGUCUUGUGCACGCCCGCUAUAUCGUUACAACAAGAGGCCUAACAAAAAUGCUUGACAAGUAUAAGAAGGCCGAGUUUGGGAAAUGCCCUCGUGUCAUGUGCCACUCUCACCCCCUCCUCCCAAUGGGCCUCUCUGAUGUGCCCAACAUGAAACCUGUUAAGCUCUACUGCGCUCGCUGCGAGGAUAUCUACAACCCCAAGUCCUCACGACACGCUGCUAUUGACGGCGCUUACUUCGGCACAUCUUUCCACAACAUCCUUUUCCAGGUGUAUCCCGCCCUCAUCCCAACCAAGAGCGUAGAACGCUACGUCCCUCGCGUGUACGGAUUCAAAGUGCAUGCUUCGGCCGCUUUGAUUCGCUGGCAGAGCGCCAAGCGCGACGAAAUGCGCCGUCGGCUUCGCAAGCUUGAGAUCGACACUGGCUUCCGUGAUGAAAUGGAGGACGAAGAAGAAGACGACGAGGAGCUUGAAUUCGAAGGUAUAGAUGGUCGUAUGGCUGUUGUGGAAGGCCUUUAGGGGGCUCUGGUCUCAUACCCUGAGGAGAGCGCUAGGAUAGGCACUGGUGAUAGAAUCAGAGUCAUACCGACUGGCACCAAAGACAAUCCACAUGAACGCAAAUGGACAUGAACGAUGGACAUGAGCGAAACUCCCCUGAAAACAUUCCUCGUAUUCUAGCACUUAUUUGGGGUUGUUGAAUGGACACGAAUCUGCUUCUGCACAGACAUUCGCCGUCUCUCGAAGGCAACAAGAGCAGUUCUAUUGUUUCUGAGGCUGUUGGUCGGGCUCUGGAUUGGCGUUUGGCGGCAAGUCAUACGGACUGGAUUGGGCUGGUAUAAACAACGAAGGAGUGUGAAAUGGUUUUCUCUUGAAUUACAGCUGUUCAAUAAGAAGCGUCUUUUUUUUUUUUCCC